GUUGUUUUUACUGACCUGCAAUUUAUCUCGUUGUACGUUGCUGGAGCCUGCCAUUCAAAUCAACUUGGCAACAAGGUACAGAGGCUGCAAGUGGUUUAAAACCUUGUUUUGGAGCAAUUUCAUCCAUGCAAUAUAUUGGGAACCACAUGUACUUAAUAUGGGUUAGGGUUUGGUUCAGUGCUGGUCCUUAAGAAUUACACAGUUACUCAGUUAGUGCAUAAUAGAAAUACAGGAUUGUAAAAUAAAGUACUAUCAAAUUAAGUGUUCUCGUAUGUAACUCUGAGCUGUGUGUUGUCACGGAUAGACCAGAGCCGACAGAGGGCUCCGUAGCCAUUGGGACACUUUAAGGCAAGCAGCACACUGUGGAUUUUUCUCAACUGGGGGACAAAUGCCUGAAAGCUUAGGUGGCUUGUUGGAAGGUCCUUGUGGUUACACAUCUGCCGACACGCCUGCAUCCAGAAGUGUUGUUGCACCCACCACAGUGCGCUGUCCUAACUCUCAUGGCAGUUGCCGGCAGAGCAAUGCAUUAUGGGAACAGAACCCAAGUUGUAGCUCAGUUUCAAUUGACGAUGUAGACGGUGAGGAAGAAAGUGACUAUGGUCGUCCUCUGCCUGAUAAUUCCCCCCGAAUAUCUCCAUGGACAUUGUGCACUUAUCAAGAACGUUUUGGAAGACCCCGAACUGCUCCCCCCAGCCCGUUGCACUCCCAUCCAGUAAGAGAGGCCACCACAUGCUCCCAUGCAAGGACGGCAAACGAGGAAGGUCUGGAUGAGUUGCGCAGUACAUUACAGCAACAUACAGAAAACAUACAGCUGCUUGGUGAGAGAAUGCUUGCUGCUAGUGGUCGCAUGUCUGAGAGCAUGCAGGACAAUUCUCAGGCUAUGACGAUGCUAAUGCAUGUGGUGGAGAAGCUUCAGGAGAUAGUCAUGACUUCAGCACCUCCAGUAGUUACAAAAGCCCCAGUUAAUGCGGUUGCAAUAAAUGCAAGCACAUUGGGUAACAGAUGGGGCAGAAUAUCGCAAAGUGUUCCUGUCAGUCCAGCUAUGACCUCUUCUUCUCGCCGUUCAACAUGUUCGUCCUCAGCAUCUUCUUCAUCCACCAUUACUCUGCUGGAACAGUCAGCUUUAUCAAGGGGGAGAUCCUUUAGCCACGCCUCCAAUGCUGUGUCACUUAAAGGCGCUGUGAAAACAAAGCCUUUACCAUCUUCGCCACACCUGAUGACCAAUGGCUCAUUAAUAUCCAGUCCUUCCCAGAAACAUAAAGAGAUCGGCAGCACAUUUGGGUGUCUCUCUGCCCAGAAGAGAAAGAAGAAAAGCAAGAAAUAGGAAUAAAGCCUCUUCUAUGUUUCAUUGGUUACUACAUCCUUUCGAAUCUUCCUCUUUUUCGUCUCAGGCAUGCUCUUGUUUUAAAACUUUAUUAUGUGUGUGUGUCAUUAUGUCACCACUUUUCAUUUAGGUUACCAUGAUACGACAUCAGUGCUUCUCCAAUCUUUUUGGACAAUGUUGGUUGUCCUACUUCAUCAAUGAGCAUCUUCCUCAUCCUCUCUUCCCGUAACACAUCGUCGUUCAGUUUUUUGUCAUUAAUAACAACCAUUUGCAUGCCACUCCCAUCAGAUGUGUUUUUGGUGUUGAAGUGUAGUUUGUAUGUGCUAAAUACAUAAUAAAUCCUUGUAGACUUUUCGAUU